AUACUUUUCCUCUAUAUAUAUAAGAUCGACCUAGGGCUCCUAUGGCUUCAUUACCACAACAACCCAAAACCCAUCUUUCCAUUCUUCUUUCUCAAUCCCUCUCUUGAUUCUCAGAGUCACCAGUAACCGAAUAAUGGCUUCUGUUACUCCCUCAAGUGCUAGUGAUGAUGAUCAUAAUCGUAACAAAAACGUUACUAUUAAUAUUUCAAAAAACAGUAGCAGUACUAGUACUGACUAUGGAAACCCUAGAAAAGUACUAGAAAUCGAAACAGCGAAUAUUCGCAGUUCGAUUUCAGGCGGUUUUGAAGAGAUUAGUUUGCCGGUGGUGGAAGAUCACCAGGGAGUUUUCUUGACAUGGCAAGAUCUGUGGAUCACAGUUUCCAGCGGAAAGAACAGUAACAGACCAAUUCUUCGGGGCCUGACUGGCUAUGCUAAGCCAGGCCACCUAUUGGCCAUAAUGGGUCCUUCUGGCUGUGGCAAAUCUACUCUUCUUGAUGCAUUGGCAGGAAGAUUGAAUGCAAAUACAAGGCAAAGUGGAGAUAUACUAAUAAAUGGAAAUAAGCAGACUCUGGCUUAUGGAACAUCGGCAUACGUAACACAAGAAGACACUCUGUUAACAACCCUAACGGUAAGGGAAGCCGUACACUACUCAGCCCAGCUGCAGCUGCCGGACUCCAUGUCCGCGGCGGAGAAGAAGGAGAGAGCUGAGAUGACUAUAAGAGAGAUGGGCCUGAGUGACGCCUCCAACACUCGCAUCGGCGGCAGCGGGAUGGGGACAGGGAGCAAGGGCCUCAGCGGCGGACAGAAGAGGAGAGUCAGCAUCUGCAUAGAGAUCCUCACUCGUCCCAAGCUUCUCUUCCUCGACGAGCCCACCAGUGGGCUCGACAGCGCAGCCUCGUACUACGUGAUGAGCAGCAUUGCGUCGUUGGAUAUUCAGAGCAGGAGGGGCGGUGGCGCCGGUGGUCGGAGGACUGUGGUGGCUUCCAUUCAUCAGCCCAGCUCCGAAGUCUUUCAACUUUUCGAUACCCUUUGCCUUCUUUCUGCUGGUAAAACGGUCUACUUUGGUCCUGCUAAUGCUGCCAAUGAGUUUUUUACUAUGAGUGGUUUUCCUUGCCCGUCUCUCCAAAAUCCAUCUGAUCACUUCCUGAAAACAAUAAACAAGGAUUUUGAUAAAGUACAAAAGGAUAUUGAGCAAGGUUUACCAGUAGUUCGAGCACGACCUACUGUUGAAGAAGCAAUUGAUACUCUUGUACAGUCUUAUAAAGCAUCUGAAAAUUGCCAGCUAGUUCAACAACAAGUAGCCGAAAUAUGUAAUAAAAAGAAUGAAUGUGUUGCAUUGGAGAAGAAGAGAAGCCACGCUGGUUUCGUUACCCAGUGUCUUGUGCUGACUAAAAGAUCUUUCAAAAACAUGUACAGAGAUCUGGGCUAUUACUGGUUCCGUCUAGUUAUCUACAUUGGCUUGUCUGUUGGGUUGGGCACUAUCUUUUGGAACAUUGGCCAUUCUGACGGAUCGGUUGAGGCAAGAGCUUCACUUAUAAUGUUUGUUGCUUCAUUCUUGACUUUCAUGACUAUUGGUGGAUUCCCUUCCUUUGUUGAAGACAUGAAGGUAUUUGGAAGAGAAAGACUAAACGGGCACUACAGUGUAACAUCAUUUGUGAUGGGUAACACGAUAUCAGCACAGCCAUACCUCGUCAUCAUCGCAGUGAUACCGGGAGCUUUAGCUUACUUUCCGCCGGGUCUCCGCGGAGGGUUCGAACACUUUGUCUACUUUGUGCUGGUUUUGUACGCAUGCAUGAUGCUGGUCGAGAGCCUAAUGAUGAUAGUGGCAUCCCUCGUCCCCAACUUCCUCAUGGGGAUCAUCACUGGCGCCGGAAUCCAAGGCUUAAUGAUGUUGGCUGGAGGAUUUUUUCGGCUGCCGAGAGACCUUCCCGACCCCUUCUGGAAGUACCCUAUGUUCUAUAUUGCGUUCCACAGGUAUGCAUUCCAGGGAUUGUACAAGAACGAGUUCGAGGGUUUGAUGUUUGUUGACAAAGCUCUUGGAAGAUCACACCGGGUUAGUGGGGACGAAAUCUUGAGAAAUAAGUACCAAGUUGAGAUGAGCUAUUCGAAGUGGGUUGAUUUGACUAUAUUGCUGGGAAUGGUGCUUGCUUAUCGUGUUUUGUUCUUGCUUAUCAUCAAGACUGCUGAGAAUUAUAAGACUAUUGCUGCUGCUUUUGCUUUUGCACGACGCAGACAAGUCAUGGAGAAUCCCACUGCCACUCCCUCGCAUCAUGCAUAGAAGAGUCUAUAUAAUAUAAAUAUGUGUGUAUUAAGUUGUAAAACUAAUGUUAGUUAGGUUAUUUUAUUUAUAUUAUCCUCUUAUAGUCAAUUAGUUAUUAAGACAUGUGUUAAGCAAGCUAUAUAAAUAGUUGCCUUCUCUUUCUUUUAUGUAACUCGAACGCUAUACAAGUUCACAUAAACAAAGACUUUUCUUUCUAA